AUGCAUAAAUUUCUGUUUGGAAAUAGAAGAACGAGUAUUUCGAGUUAUAACCCUUUUGGUUCCUCUAAAAACAUGAAACCAGGCAUCAUAACUAAAAUAAAAAACAAGAUUUAAGGUUUAUUUCAAACAACAAUCAACUCAUAAAGUAUAAUCUAACGGAUACAAUCAUUUGACGAUUAAAAUUUAGAAUAAGAACUAUCUAAUUAAUUUAAAAAUAAUCUUGUUCUUAUAGAUCGAAUUCUACCAAAUAAGGAAGAUGGUACAGUACUAAAACGCAAAUCCAUAUUUCCCUUUGAAUAAUAUCUAAAAGAAGAGGGCGAUUCUGCUAAAAAAUAUUCAUAAGAAACGUAAACUGAUAUAAGUAAUAAACCAAGUGAUUUGUAGUGCAAAACUACAAAUGCAAAAAAACAAUAGAAGUUUAAAAAAGUAGACUCAAAAAUUUACAAAAGUCGAAAAAUGGAAGGUAAUGUUUGUUAAUAAUAACAUUAGAAAAUCCAAAAUAGUUAGAGUUUAAUCUAAAUAAACAAAAUUUUAAGUAAAAUAAACACCAAAAAUUAGAAAAUUCAUCUGA